AAGCCAUAAGUUGUGUUUCAGAAGCGACCAAGCUGACCUCAAGGAAAUACAAAAAUUGACGAAAUAAUUAUAAAAUAAAGAGAAUAAAAUAUAUAAUUACCUAAUGGUUACGUCAUUAUAGCUAUAGUGACACCCAAUAUAUAUUUCCAUUUAUGGUCCUUCUCAUUUCGCGUUGACAUCAACAAAACUCCCACUUUCUCUCUAAUGAAGAAGAUGCAAGGUUUAUGGAACUUUCCUAACGACGACGUUUCGGUAGACCUGACGGUUCCUCCUACAGCACCACCACCGUUAUCCUCCUCCACCGCCUCGACGAGCCUAUCGUUCGAUGAAGAGGAGACUUCAGAGUCCAAGAUCGAACGGUUGAUAUCGGAGCAUCCGGUGCUCAUAUUCACUCGAUCCUCCUCCUGUUGCAUGUGUCACGUCAUGAAAAAGCUUCUAUCGACCGUUGGAGUCCAUCCAACAGUGAUCGAGGUCGACGAAGAAGAGAUAGCUUGCCUCGCUGUUCAAACCGCUCCGGUGCUCUUCAUCGGUGGUGCUUGUGUCGGUGGGUUCGAGUCUCUUGUGGCACUUCACCUUAGUGGUCAUCUAGUUUCUAGACUCGUCGAGGUUGGAGCCUUAUGGGCAUAAGUGUGCUAUUAUGAAAAUCUGGUAACAAAAUCCAUUGUAUAUUUCAUGCUCUACUUUUUUCUGUUCUUGAUUAUGAAAUGAAACACAAAACUGUUUUAUUUUCCCGUUGUGUAUUUUAAUUUUAUUUUCACUAGUAUGGUUGUUUUU